GCCAACUGUGUACGGAAAGAACUAGACGCAUCUUUAGUUGACGAAUCUCUGUGAUGACGGACAAUUCUUUGUGAAUUAAUAAAAGUAUAUUAUAUUUAGCUUCUAAUAACGAUACAGAGGCCGGCUCUGACACAUAUCGGUCGAAAUGUUCAUCUGGGACUGGCUUACUGGUGUUCUGGGCUACCUUGGUCUGUAUAAGAAGUCGGGGAAGCUGCUCUUCUUGGGCCUGGACAAUGCCGGGAAAACCACACUGCUCCACAUGCUGAAGGACGACCGGAUGGCGCAGCACGUGCCCACCCUGCACCCCACGUCUGAGGAGCUCUCCAUCGGUAACAUGCGGUUCACCACGUUCGACCUGGGCGGCCAUCAUCAGGCGCGGCGCGUCUGGAAGGACUACUUCCCGGCCGUGGACUCGAUCGUCUUCCUGGUGGACGCCAGCGACCGGCAGCGGCUCACAGAGAGCAAGGCGGAGCUGGACUCGCUGCUGACGGACGAGCAGCUCUCCAACUGCCCGGUGCUGAUCCUGGGAAACAAGAUCGACAAACCUUCCGCGACCUCCGAGGACGAACUGCGGAACGUGCUGGGACUCUACGGACAGACCACCGGAAAGAUGAAGAUCCCGCGCAGCGACCUGCCCGGUCGGCCGCUGGAGUUGUUCAUGUGCUCGGUGCUGAAGCGGCAGGGAUACGGCGAGGGGUUCCGCUGGCUGGCCCAGUACAUCGACUGAGAGCUGCGCCGCGCCGCUCCCUCCUCCGGAGCCGGGCCCGGAGCGGCCGGAGCGGCCGGAGCCGGAGCCGGGCCGGAGCGGCCGGAGCCGGGCCCGGAGCGGCCGGCAGCUGCCCGCCGGACCGGCGCCGGGCUGGGUUAGGACUGGUGAGGGCAGCGGACUGAGUGUGUGUGAGGGAGCAGCAGGCGGGCCGGCGCCGGGCUGGGUUAGGACUGGUGAGGGCAGGGCACGCUGAGUGUGUGAGGGAGCAGCAGGCCGGCACCGAGUGUGGGCGGGGGCGACCUCUCUGUCGUCCCGGGCGACUUCUGCGGCUGCUCAGUGGUGCGACUCACCCGUCACUGCGGCCCAGUCAGCGGACUGGGAACGCGGUUAGAGGCGCCGAUCCGGGGACUGGAUGGUCGCGGUGAGAGGCGCCGGUCCGGGGACUGGAUGGUCGUGGUGUCUGAGUCGGCUGGUGAGGCGGCGAUGGUCGUGGUUCAUUGACUAGGCUAAUCAGUUGACCAGGACCUUUGUAUUCUGGCUAGGUUCAUCAGCAGGGUCCUUGUUCUCUGAUUGGUGGGUAAUCCGACUGAGAUAUUGGUCGACUGACUAGGCUAGUAGGGUGACUGAGAUAUUGGUCGACUGACCGGGUUAGCUAGUUGACCGGGGUCUCUGCCUUCUGACUAGGCGGCUGCUCGUUGACGGGGCCGCGGUCCGCUAACUAGGGUCGUGAUCAGCUGUGGCCGUCCGUCGGCCUCUACUGGCUGCCGCGAGCCGUCUGUCCGACUGGCCGGCGCGUCGGCCGGCGCUGAGCUGACCAGCGGCCACUCGACUGGCCGGCGCUGGUGCAGUGACCGGGACGCCGGACCGGGGCCGGUGAGCCGACCGGACGCCGCCGGUGGUGGUGGUGGCUCUGUCCGACUGCGGCGCGGACGUGUCGUGGCUCCCCGCGGUAAAUCACCGCUCCACUGUGCGCUCUCGGUCGCCGCUCCCCGGGGGUAAAUCACCGCUCCACUGUGCCGACUCUGUUGUCGUUAUUUUUACAGGGGCCGCCGGGCUGCCCUCCCAGGGUCGCCCCGGGGGCGGGGGGGGGGGGGGCGGUUUGACCCGGCCUCCAUGACGCCCCGUUCGCCGUCAAAUUGUCAAUGGCCGCCACUCCGCGGUCAGGGUGUACCGGUGACAUGUACCCGCCGGGACAGGGGGGAGAAGUCCGACCCGCCCGCCCGCCGGGUGGUAAUGCGGCGCCGGCGCGUUUUAUCGCUAUUGUCCGCGGUUCUGGUUUAGGCGUGAUAUGUAUAGUGAAAUAUACCCAUAUUCUGUUUAAGUUUACCCCACGGCGCGGCUAGGAAAUUGCGUAUACCGUAUCUGAUAGCGUCUGGUUAAGUUAUUGCUAAGUGUGACGCACGGGGACUGGUGUGGGACCGCGCAGCUGAUACAGCGCACUGUGGGGGUAUUUUCUGCUGCACCUCCCAAAUCCACUGUACUCAGCCCCCAGUGACUGUGCAGGCGUCUGUAAACCUCUCCGGACUUUACCGAUCGGUCAUCUGUCCAGCAAUCAAAACUCUCCUCUGUGAACACCCACCGGCCCCGUGCGCGCGCGGGCGCCGCCGCUGUGCGUGCCUGUCGGCCUCCGGUGACGUCACGCGGUGUACUGGUGACGUCACGCGGCCGUGCCGGUGUCCGGGCUCUCAAUACACCUCUGUCUUCGUG